UGACUGGUACCCAUGCGAAAACACUGCAAGGCGGGGGAAAUCAUAAUCACUGUCCGUGGUGGUGCUGCUGUUGCGAGGGAGAGGGAACCGCAUCUCCCGAUGUCUUCAGGCUGCCCGGAUCGUUUGUUUAUCUGCGGCUCCCGGUUUAUUCGUGUCAACCCCGGCCUUUCUCGGUCGAUAGAAUGAAAGGAUGGCCAAGCGGCGAGAUGCGGACGAGGAGAACCGAGAGCUGAUCGGCCCUGCUGCGGUCCAGCGAGAUGCGACGCUGUAUCCCGGGAUGGCAAAAAUGGACGGAAUGGAGGAAAGAGGGGGAAGUGAACUGUCUUUAGAGGAGAUUUUAAUGCUCUACAGCCAACCGAUAAAUGAAGAGCAGGCUUGGGCAGUGUGUUACCAAUGCUGCGUAAACCUGGCUCAGGGACAUAGGAGGAAUUCUGGCCCAGCUGCCGGUGCAUCAGUGGUAGAUACUGCGAAGAGAAUUGAGGGACCACAGGAUGUGAGGAUUCAGAAAGACGGAGCUGUCAAAUUACAAUAUGAAGGCUGUGAUGGUAAAUCCAUCCCAGCCACAUCAACAGAGGUGAUUGAGUCUCUGGGCAUCAUGAUCUACAAGGCGUUGGACUACGGACUGAAGGAGAGCGAGGAGCGGGAGCUGAGCCCACCCCUGGAGCAGCUCAUAGACCUCAUGACCAACAUGGGCGAGGCUGAGAGAGACGCCUGCCCUGACGAAGGCUACGAGGCCACCGAGGAAGAGGAGGAGGCCGAAGACGACCCCAUCAACAUCUGUAAUGUCCGUGGCUACAGGGACAUCCUGAAGAUGUGUGUGUCUCACCUCCCCAGCCCUGGCGAUGCCCCCAGCCACUACCAGGCUGUGUGCCGUGCUCUCUACGCUGAGACCAGGGAGCUACGCUCCUUCCUGGAGAAGAUCAAGAGUGCCAAAGAGAAUCUUCGGAAGAUGGGUGGCGAGCCGUCUGAGGAUCCCAGCAGAGACCUAAAUGAGCUCCAGAAUGCAGACUGGGCUAAGUUCUGGAUGCAGGUGAUGGGAGACCUGCGGAACGGGGUGAAGCUGAAGAAGGUCCAGGAGCGCCAGUACAACCCUCUGGCCAUCGAGUUCCAGCUCACGCCCUACGAGAUGCUCAUGGAUGACAUCCGCUCCAAACGCUACAAACUACGCAAGGUCAUGGUAAACAACGACAUCCCACCAAGGUUGAAGAAGAGCGCCCAUGAGGUCAUCCUAGACUUCAUCCGGUCCAGACCUCCUCUCAACCCUGCAGCAGCCAGGAAGCUGAAGCCCCAGCCCCAGGUUCCUCCCACCCUGCACGAGAGGAUCCUGGAUGAGAUCAAAUCUGAGAGGAAACUGAGACCUGUCUCUCCUGAUGUGAUCCGCAGGAGCAGGCUGGGUGGAGGCAUAUACUACAGCACUCCACAGUUGAUCCUUACACGUCAAGAUGUGUCCAGCCCUGAUGGCCGCAGGAAGACUACUAGCACCAUGACCCUCAGCAGUCUGUCCAAUGGGAGUCCAGGGACACCAGGGGGUGGAGCGCAGGCCUUAUGUCAGAGGAAGAGGCUGAAAGCGCCUACCCUGUCAGAACUGGACAGCUCCGACUCUGACGAUGACAUCACCAUUGGGGGUCGAAGGUCAGCCAGUAGCUCCAGUGUCUCUACAUCGGUGGUAGAUGACACAUCUCCAGAGUCUGUACUGGGCAGGAAGACUCCACCCAUGUUCCUGCCCAUCUCCUCCACCCCCCAGCCUGAGAGAAGGCAGGCCCCCCAGAGGAGACACUCCAUUGAGAAGGAAACACCCACCAAUGUACGGCAGUUCAUACCCCCAUCCAGACAGAGCUCCAAGUCUCUGGAGGAGUUCUGUUUCCCAGUAGAGUGCUUGUCCCUGACGGUGGAAGAGGUGAUGCACAUCAGACAGGUGCUGGUCAAAGCAGACCUGGAGAAGUUCCAACAGUACAAGGACGUGUACAACGCUAUGAAGAAGGGAAAGCUUUGCUUCUGUUGCCGAUCCAAAAGGUUUUCCUUGUUCACCUGGUCCUACACCUGCCAGUUCUGCAAAAGGCCUGUGUGUUCACAGUGCUGUCAAAAAAUGAGGCUGCCCUCCAAGCCCUAUGCCAACCUGCCCAUAUAUUCCCUGGGCUCUACAACCACUCUACCCAGGGACCGGGUAGCAGCCCUGGGGAAAGCUGCCAGUAUAGCUGGUCCAUCAGCCACCCCAACAGCAGCAGCAAUUUCAGCAGGAAAAGGAAAAGCAACAGUUAAAGCAGCAGCCUCAGCAGCAGCAGCAGGACCAAGCAGAGCAGCAGCAGGACCAAGCAGAGCAGCAGCAGCAGCAGGACCAAGCAGAGCAGCAGCAGCCCUCAAGCCUGAGAAACCCUCUACCAGCCACCACCGCCUCAGCCUUCAGAAGACCAUGUCCAAGUUGUCUAAACACAGUAGUCUGGAGAAGUCCCAGUCCCGUGACGAGGUGGAGCUCCCAGCGGAGCUGACGGAGGACUGGAGCACCAUGGAAGUGUGCGUGGACUGCAAGAAGUUCAUCCACGACAUCAUCUCCUCCAGCAAGCACAGCCUCUCCCUGGCCACCAAGCGGGCGCGCUUAAAACGCAAGACCCAGUCCUUCUACAUGUCGUCUCCCAAGGGAGCUGAUUACCGACCCUCGGAAAGAACAAUCAACGAGGUCUAGACUCUCCCCUCGUCCUUGUCUACCUUCUCCACGGUCUUCUAGCUGCUCCCAGAACUUAUGGCACAAUACAGAACUCUGAGUGACUGGGAUUUGAUCUGGAUGACCGUGCUGCGAUCCGACCUGUACCAGUAGACGUGUCUAGUUUAGUCUGUCUGUCGAUGCUGUCAGAGCGGGCUGUGGACCUUUACUUUUCCUUGGAGGAAUGUGGACUGUGUAGUCAGUGCUUGUUGCCAUGUCCUCUGAUCGUCACAUACAGUACCAGUACUUUCAGACAAAAGGAUACUAGUCCAUUUUUAUAGAAUAUUUUGUUCAGUAAUGUAAAUGUUCCCGUAAUGUUCUGCCAUAGAGAGGUGGUUAAGGACACUGAAUGAUCAAAUGUAAAGUAUGAGGUAGUGUAAAGAUUCAAAGCGGUAUGGCCUCAGUCACCCUCUAUACUGUGGUAGGAGCUACUCGCCCACAGAAAAAUCAAUGAGCACAUGGCAAAAUAACGCUCCAUGUUUGAGUUCCUCAGGCUGUACUAUUCUACCGUAAGAGAGUAGGUGUGAUGCUAACAACACAAGUCCCAUACUGAGAGCUGUGAACACCUUAAAGUGGAGACAAUAUGAGACAAAAGCAACAAACGAUUGGACGAUGACUUAAAAAUAUAUGGAACUGUAGAUGUUUUUUUUUUUUACAAGUUAUCAUUUUCUAUGGUAUGGUAUACAUGUGUACAUAUGGUUCGGCUUAGAGUCCGGUGGUUUGUGAUGAAAAGUUGUCUCCCCUUUUUACUCUUCUUGACAUGUUCAGGUUAUUUUUAGCUGACGGUACAAUAAUGAGUUAUGCUCAUUGAUGUUCUCUGGGUUCUGAGCGGUCUUGAUGAAGCAUCAUUUUUACCAUAAAGAAUAACAGGUAAACAAACAGCGUGUCAGUUUGCUCAAAGUUGGAUCAUACCCAUGAAGGUAGCCCAAACCUCUCACCUGUCUCUCCUUAGGCGUAGGGUCUACAGGACUGUCAGGUGUCAGCUUUAGUGCCAAAAGGAUUCCCUUCUGUCUAAACCAUAAUAUAAAACCCAAAUAAGUAUUUUUCUCUGGUGUAAAUAUUCAUUGACCUUGCUAUAGAUAGCCAUCGCAGCCCCCGAUUAGAGCAUGCCUCUGCAAAAGACGUCAGACUACUGAAUAUACUAGCCAUAGAAAUAGAAUGGUUAUUAGUAUGUUGCCAACUACCAUUGUUGCAUAUUAUUAUGGGAUAUUAGAAUCCCGUUGUCUUAACCUUUGUCAUCUUCAAUUUAGACCCAUGCCAGGAAGUAAAAGCAGGAUGUGUACCCUUCAUUCUGUGCUGUGAUUUUUUGUUGAUUCAACUCAACUGACAUUGCUAAAUAUGUUGCAUUGCAUGAGCCACAUCAGUUAGCAUCAUUUGAAUGAACAGUCUUCAUUACCAUGGCAAUCCAGCAUCAGUUGAUAGAGCAUUCCAAAUAACCAUGGGAAUUAUUGCAUUGCAAUACCAUGGAGCCAUUGUGAGUGUACAGAUGAGUUUACCCGUCAAAUGUCCAGGGUUAGAGCUUCCAACCCUGUUCUAUUCAUUCUAUUUCUAUGAUACGAACACUAUGACAUGAUGAAGGAACAAUAUUAACACAGUAUUUGUCACUGGUAGUUGAACACGCGUGAUAUCGUUGAGCAGGUACAGUAAUUGUGCUAGAUAAUCAUAACAAAAUCAGACACAAACAGUAGGAAUCACUUUUUGUUCAUAUUUUAUAUAGCCUGUGCCCCCAAAAAUCAUCUAGUCUGUUACAGUAACAAGCAUGCGCCCCCAGAAAUAUAUUCAUAUUUUGUGAAAGAAAUCUAUACCUACUGUUAUGUUGAUUUGACUUAUUGAUGUAAGUUUGACAUGGCUUUUUCUUUGGUUUUGAAUGGAAUAUUUCAUAUUGUGCAGAUAAACACCCAUGUUCAAUAACAGUACAACAAUACAUGAAAUGAUCUCAAAUGGUCUUUCUUUGCUUUACAAUAGUUAUGGUAUGAUUUAACAUGCUUAAAACCACCCUCUGUUUUAUUGUAUAGGCAGCAAAGUAUGCUAUUACACGCUACUCUCAUGUUCAACUCAAAGCCUCAAAAUGAUGCCUUCAUGAAUUUGUAUAUCAGUUGUGUGUGACUGUGGUGUGUCUUAACCAUACAGUUUGUCUCUAAACCAGAAGCACAUUUCGGGAGCCAGGAAUCAGGAUGUAUGUAUAUUAAAAUGUCUAUUACAAAUCAA